AUGGUAGAUGUUCUAAUACGCACUGGUUCGGUGGCAAUUACCGGGUCGGAUAUCCAUGUAUAUGAGAACGGCAAUCGGGAUGUAGAGGGUAUGACCUUAGGACAUGAUGCAACUGGUUUUAUCGAAGAAGUUGGUCAAUGCGUCCACCACUUGCAUGUGGGAGACCGUGUGGUUGUAGAGUCGGCUCUGUCGUGUGGCAUAUGUGAUUUAUGCAAACGGGGUUUGUACAAUAUGUGUGGCGGUUUGGUUUACAAUGGAUUUCUGGCCACCCAUCAAGUACAUCCCGCCGAUCUUUGUCAUCGAUUACCCGACAGCAUUAGCAUGGAGGAGGGAACAUUAACACAGACUCUAGCAUUGGGUUGCCAAGCCUGCUUUAAGGGUAAUAUUACGCCAACCAGUAGUGUCCUCAUUAUUGGAUCUUGUCCAACGGCAGUGGCUGCCGCCAUGUGCUCAACAGCAAUUGGUUGUAAACAGGUGGUCAUAGCUAGCACCAUGAACUCCACUCUCGAGAUGGUGCAAAAAGAUUUUAAAUUCGAGACGGUUUUUUUCGAUUCAAAUGCUCUGUUCGGCGAGGUACUAGAGGCCAUCUAUAGAAAGUUCCGAGAGUGGCCAAAUUGUGUGAUUAACUGUGCCAUCUCUGCGAUGACCAUGAAUCUUGCCGUUAUGGCAUUGCAACCGUGCGGAGUUUGUGUGCUAUCCGAAUGCGAGUCGGAGUGUGCUAGCUUUAAUGCCUUGGAUAUUCUUAUGAAGAACAUACGUCUCAUACCUAGCUUCCGUUCCACGAAUAUGUGA